GCGGACCACAGCGGACCAAAAAGUGCCCAACAGCUGCAGAACAGAAAUGUCAACCCUCUUCCACGCGUGCUCUCCUCACUUUUCGACAUCAACACCAAUCUUCUUGAUCGCCUUCUUUCACGCUCCUUUGCUGUUCUCAUAAUACCAAAACUUCACAUUUCCCAUUCGCCGCCCCCUCGGCUGAAACUGCUGCUCCACAGGUCCCCAAAGAAACCCCUGUACUGUGCUUCUGCAGGCCCCAGCACACAGCUCCUUUCCGGGUCUUGUCUGGCUUGUUAUCGCCUUAUCGCCUCUUCACCUCAUUCAACUUUUUCUAUCCGAAUUGAAAGACGGCGCAUGCGCAUUCCCCCUGGGAACCCCUCCAAGAUCUAAUUCCGAAGUAAGCGCGUUGCUCCCGCCCGCCUGGCCUUGCUUGCCGACGUCAUUCUGCCAACAAGCUCCAACCGAGCGCAAACGAUACCACGCGUGUCUAUCUUUCGGCAGCUUAGGCAAACACCGUGAGGAGACAAAUAGAAUAUUACACUCCACAGCCUACCGUGCGCAUUGUCAGCAAUCCCGAUCAAAACGCCCUGAGAAACGUGGCCGCUCAGCCCACCUUUUUCCACUUUCACCUCCUAUAGCAACACCAUGCCCGAGACCCGCUCUAUGGCUAAUGGCAACGGCGCCGCCAUGAGACCUACAGAUAACCAGAAGAACAAGGAGGAAGAGGAGAAUGUCUUCCUCUUUUAUCCCAACUUGAUCGUUCCCCUAGGUGCCUCCCGUGUCGUGCUUGCCUUCGUCUCCCUCUAUUAUAUGCCGAUCCACCCUCGAACAUGUACUGUACUUUACAGUGUAUCCUGCCUCCUCGAUGCCCUCGAUGGGUACGCUGCCCGCUAUUUCGAACAAAGCACCAAAUUCGGCGCCGUGCUCGACAUGGUGACUGAUCGUUGCACAACUACUUGUCUGAUGGUCUUUCUGGCAAGCGCCUUUCCGAGGUACAGCAUCGUCUUCCAGGCCCUCAUAAGUCUGGAUUUGGCCAGUCACUAUAUGCACAUGUAUGCGACCCUGAGCAUGGGUAAUGGAGCAAGCCACAAGAAGGUCGACGAGUCCCGGAGCAAGCUCUUGAAACUAUACUACUCGGACCAGAGGGUCUUGUUCACGCUCUGCCUGAUGAACGAGCUGUUCUUUAUUGCACUCUAUCUUCUUUCGUUCUCGUCACCCAGACUCUCUCCAACUCUGUUGCAAGAUCCCCAAUCGCCUUCUUCGCUUGUAGCUGGUUCACCUGCAGCACCAGACCCGUCGAAGAUGUUUCCGAGCCCAUGGUCCGCUGGUGCUAUGGAGAUGGCCAGGGCAAACAAAAUGGAUGACAGGUUCCCAUGGGUUAUCUUCUGGAUUUCUUUGCCCUUCAUGGCCUUGAAACAAUUCAUCAAUGGUGUGCAGUUAGUCAAGGCUAGCAAAUGGCUCGCCGAGGGAGAUAUCGCGGAAAGGAAACGACAGGGACUUCCACGCAAGAGGGACGCGAAGAAGGUGCAGUAA